AUGGGGUGCUCUAAUUCCAGAUCAGAAUUGUAAGCAGGAAUCUAAGCAAAGAUGCCAGAAGCUAAAUUACAUAUUGAUGAAAGCGAAAAUUACCAUAUUGCAUAGCUAUUUACUAGCUGUUUAGCUGAAAUGGCUUACUACAUCGAAAGCGAGAAAGAGGCAAUAGUCAUUGACCCUUUAAGAGAAACAGAACCUUACAUAGAAUAUGCUAAAAAAAGAGGAGCAACUAUUAAAUAUAUUCUACUCACCCAUUUCCACGCUGACUUUAUCAGUGGUCAUGUUGAUCUUGCUAAAAAGACUGGAGCUAAAAUAGUUUAUGGACCAACAGCUAAAGCUUCCUUUGACUUCCAUCUCGCAACCGAUGGAGAAAAAAUACCUAUUGGUAAAGUUAACAUUGAGGUUCUUCAUACUCCUGGUCAUACCUAAGAAAGUUCUUGCUAUUUACUUUUAGACGGAGAAAGAUAACAUGCAGUUUUUACAGGUGAUACUCUCUUUUUGGGAGAAGUUGGUCGUCCAGAUUUAGCAGUAAAAAGUGGUGAAAUUACAAAGGAAGAUCUUGCUGGUUGGAUGUACGAUUCCUUAAGAAAUAAAAUUAUGAAACUUGAUCCUAAAGUUAUUGUUUAUCCUGGCCAUGGUGCAGGUAGUCCUUGCGGAAAGAAGAUUUCAGAUGGAACAUUUGAUACCUUAGAAAACUAAUUGAAAACAAAUUAUGCCUUAUAAGAAAUAGAACGUGAUUAAUUUGUAACUCUCUUAAGUUCUGAUUUACCCGCUCCUCCUCAAUACUUCUUCCAUGAUGUAGCUUAAAAUAAAUCAUGUGCUCUCCCAGUAGAAGAGGUUGUAAGCAAAAAUUUAAAUUUCAUCCCAGCUACCAAAUUCCUUUCAGAAGUUGCUAAGGUUCCAGAAAGCACUAUUAUCGAUACCCGUGCUCCUAAAGCAUUUGAAAAGGGUUUCAUUCCAGGAUCAGUUAAUGUAUCUCUAUCCAUCACAUUUGCUAUUUGGGUAGGUACUUUAUUCAAGCCCGAAACAAAAUUCUUCAUAGUUGCUGAAAACGGAAAAGAAAAGGAAUCUAUCAUUCGUUUAGCUCGUAUUGGCUAUGACAAUGUUUUAGGUUGUUUAGAAGGUGGUUUCGAAGCAUUCUAAACAGCACACAAACAUAAAGACGAAAUCACUGUUGUCUAACAAGAAAAUCUAACUAAGGAAAUGCACUUUGUUGAUGUCAGAAAUGCCCCAGAACUUUCUCAUGGCUACAUUAAAGGUGCCCAUAAUAUUCCUUUAGGAUAGCUUGAACAAAUUUUAAAGGAUAAUUCUAAUAACGAAGCUUUACCAAAAGACAAGCCCAUAUACAUUUAUUGCAAGUCUGGAGCUAGAUCUAUGAUAGCAAGUUCUCUUUUGAAAAAGUACGGAUACACAAACCACUUAAAUGUUGAUGGAGGUUUUGAAUCAAUUAAGAAAAACUAAAAUUUAGAAUUCUAAAAUAUCUGA